GUUGGAAAAGCUUGACGAGCGAAGCACGUCCGCUUAAAGGGGCUUUGGUGGCUGGUCUGAGGCUAUGGGUUCUGCAGUUUUGCUCUCCAAGGUUGCCAAAGCCAAGGCUGCCAUUCUGUGCAGACAGGCAGACAGUGCCCAGUUGAUAACCAAGUCAGCUGCUGGGGGGGGCCUUCUGUGCCCCCCCUUUGAGAAUGCAAGGUACAGGAGCAACUGCAAUGCGAAAACGGAUAAAGGGUUUUCUGUUAGGGCUGAGAAUCGUCCUGAGGCAAAGCCUGCUAGGAGGGCAGCAGCUCAGGACCCGCUCGCGAGCAUCGAGAAAGCAAUCUCGUCGAGGAUUAUAAAGCUGGAAAACGACAUUGAGGCGGCUGGAAAGGCAGGCAAUCUCGAGCGGCGGGAUGUGCUGGAGAAGAGGUUGGAAAAGCUGCAAGAGCGAUGGAUGGCGCUGGUGGAGAAAAGCCUGGAGCUGAAGGUGCAGAAAAGCCUGGUGCUGAAGGGAGGGACGCUUUCCAGGCCGCCAGCGAAAGCGCCGCAAGGGCUGAGCAACUUCUGGAAGGCCUUGCCGCGCGCAACAUGGUCCGAUGACGGGAAGCUCAUGACUCUGGCGGAGGGAACCAGCUUCAUGGGAUACGAGAAGUUUGGUGACAAGAUGUUCAUCCGCGAGAGUUACCAUGGGAUGGAUCAGGAGCUGAAGCGCGUCUUCAUCCAGGACGAUGGGAUCGCGGUGGUGCUUGUUGGAAACCCUGGGGUCGGCAAGUCCAUCUAUGGGUUCAGGCUCCUCUACCAGUGGUCAUGCGAGCAGCGGCGAGUUGUUGUCGUCAAGAGGGGCACCUGCCCCAUCCCAACUCUCCUUACGCCGGAUGGGGCGUUCAAACUGGACGCAGCUGGCCUGGAAGCAGAAUUGGAUGACCCGGACGUCCGGUACCUGGUGGACUCUCUGGACCCGUCCCUCGUCGGUUCGCUGCCCACUAAAGCGAAGAUGGUCGUCAUCUCGUCCCCCAACAGAAACGAGGUUUGCAAAGGGCCCGGUUACGUCAUGCGCUACUUUGACACCUGGUCGCUGGAGGAGCUGCUGGAGUGCUGGAGCCGCAUGUUUGCCUGGCAGUCGCAGGAGGAGGUUCAAGAGCGCUUCUAUAGAUGGGGGGGCGUGCCCCGGUACGUGCUGGAGAAGCUCGACACGACGAACCAAAAUCUGCUGGAAAGAGCAAUCGGCCGGACGGAUCUCACCGCUCUCAAGCAGGCGGUGGGAGAUCCGGAGUCCCCCCAGGCAGCUAGCCACAAGCUGCUUCACCUGAGGGCUAAUCCCGAUUUCCAGACGACGUACAUGGAGAUGGCCUCCCCGUAUGUCCAGGAACUGGUGGCGUUCAAACUUUGGGAGAACGAAUCGCUGGCCCUGGAACUUUUCCUUAGCGCGGCGACAGACGAUCCGACCGUGGCAGGUUUUCGGGGUAACCUCUUCGAAGGCUUCUGUCACCGAAGGCUGAAAAAUGGGGGUACUUUCAGGGUCAGGGACCUUGCUUCAGGCAGCGUGGACGAGAUCGUCCUGCAACCAACAAGAAAAGCCCUUGCCUUUGCAAGCUGGCAGGAAGUGGAAGCGGAGACGGACGAUGAGCGGUAUUUCCAGCCGCUGAAUAGGCGAACCGCGGCCGUGGACGGGGGGAUGCAGCCGGACAAGCUUUUCCAGUUCACGGUGUCCGCCGAGGGGAAGAAGAACAAGGGGCUGGUAUUCGCGAGUUUGAGGGAUGCGGUGCGCAGCAUGAAGAACAAGUCCGAAGUCAAGCUGUUCUUCGUGUUGCCGCCAGAUCAGUUCUUCGAGGCCAAGGAAGUGAAGAUUGCGGGCAGCGGUAAGGGGAUGGAAGGAGUAGCGCAAGUCCGGAAGGUUUUGAAGCAGUUCGCGCUCGAAAUCAGUUUCAAGCGGUAAUCGCCAAAACGAGGUUGAGGUUGAGGUGGCUUAGGACCUGGCUAUCGCAUGUUGCUUUGUGCUAACCAGGAAGCUACUUCAUGCUCACCAGCAGCAGUCACCCUAUGGAGAGAAGUGAAAAGGACUGUGGGAUUUUUAAAUUCUCACAGCGUCCAAGUCUUAGUGGCGGGACUUCUAUGAUUUGGCUCAUGGCUCGUGCGAUCGCUGGUAUCCUAGCCCAAUGAAUUGUCAGCGCCGAUGCGGUCAGUUUGUAGAGGUACAAUCGAAAUCACUUCAUUCAAAUGAAAAGAUGGCA